UAAAUGCAAUACAAUAAGAUACAAUUGCAGCAAUGGCCCAAUAUUAUUUUUAAUAUUUUAAAAUAAGAAGACUGUCGUAUCAAAUCUGUAGAUUCCUCAGCGGCAAGGUAUAUUUUAAUCAUGAAUCUGAUUGACGCUCGGGAAUUAAAAAUACAUGAUCAGCCGGGUCUUAAUUUUGAGAUAAGUCCUGAAUCUGACGGCGAGAUCGAGAAGCGACUAGAGAUUGAACGAAUUUUACAACAGAGCACCGACCAAUGUUUAGAUCCAUCAAAGUUGCGGUACCUUGCCGUUUCAUCGUUUGGUUUAGUGACUGACGAUUUGCGACGUAUUUUGUGGCCACAGUUAGCAGGUGUGGAUUUGGCUUUAUUGGAACGUGCUCCAAGUCUAAGUGAACUACAGGGACACCCAGAGUAUAACCAAGUUUUGCUGGAUGUAAAUCGUUCUCUUAAACGAUUUCCGCCGGGUAUCCCUUAUGAACAGCGUAUUGCCUUGCAAGACCAGCUUACAGUUCUUAUAUUAAGGGUGAUGAAGAAGUAUUCAAAUUUGCGUUAUUAUCAAGGUUACCAUGACGUGGCAGUCACGUUUUUAUUAGUCAGUGGCGAAGAAGUCGCUUAUGCCAUUAUGAAGCAACUUUCAACAACGCAUUUCUCAGAGUGCAUGCAGGAAACGAUGGAAGCCACACAAAGGCGUCUUAUGUUCAUUUGGCCUAUUGUUAAUUUUGAAAACCCUAAACUCUUUGAGUUCUUGCAGCGCUCAGCCGUGGGCACUUUGUUUGCUUUGCCGUGGUAUUUGACCUGGUUUGGUCACAGUUUAAACUCCUAUAAGACAGUUGUACGCAUAUACGAUUACUUCUUAGCAUCACCUAUGCAUGCUCCAAUAUUUGUGACUGCUGCAAUUUUGUUGUAUCGUGCUGAUGAAAUCAUGUUGGAGGACUGUGAUAUGGCAUCUGUUCAUUGUGUGCUCUCUAAAUUACCUGAAGACCUUCCGUUUGAAGAAUUGUUAACGAUUUCUAGUAAAUUGUACGACACAUACAGUUUAACAGUAAUCGAAAAUGAAGUAGAACAACUUUUACACAAAGAAAAAGAACAACGACGGCUAGAGGAUACGAUUAUUUUGGAACGACGCAAAAAACAACUAAACCGUGCACCGUUCGCGAUUGGGAAAUUAAGAUUAAGUCAAUGGCUACCAAUCCUGUUGACGCCAAAAUCUGUAAUAGUUACUACAGCGGUUUCUAUCGUUGUUGGCUGUUGUGCUUACUAUUAUAAAAACCAAUAUCUAGCUGCAGGCAUUAGUUGAGUGAGUAGUCUCUGGCAUCCCUCACAUGCUGUAUUUCAAUAUGGACUCAUCAGACCGAAAUGCAGUUUUAUGGUUCAUAUAUCCGUUUAUUAGUGGAAAAAAAUGUAUUUACAUUAUUAUUAACUUAUGCUACGAUUGCAACACAUUUGUAUAUACAUAUAUGUACAUUUAAAUGAGAGUAAUAUAAUUCAACACAUUAAAGAAUUAAAAAUUC